GAGCUAAUAACAACGUUACACCUACAGCUGCAAAAUCAAUCAUUUUCUUACUAUUAAGUCGGCUUAGUAACCAUAACUACGUGCCGUUAACUUACGAAGAUCAUUAGAUGCAGCCUAGUCUUCACCAGCUGGGGACAUGGAUGGUUAUCCCGGAGUCAUUGGUGGUGAUUCUACCAAACAACAAGAGAGACAUUACUACCUUUUAUCAGAGCUGCAAACUUUAGUCAAAGAUUUACCAAGCUCCUUCCAGCAGCGCCUGUCCUACAACACACUGAGUGACCUGGCUCUGGCACUCAUAGAUGGGACGGUCUAUGAGAUAGUGCAGGGGCUCCUGGAUAUUCAGCAUCUGACAGAGAAAAAUCUGUACAACCAGAGGCAAAAGCUGCACUGUGAACACCAAGCACUCAAACAAGACCUUGCACGGAAACACAAAGAAGCUCUGCAGUCAUGCAAGUCUCACAACCUUGCGCUCCUCAAAUCAAAUCAACAAGCUGAGCAAGAGGCUCUGGAAAUCCGUGUGCGAGAGGAGCAAAGAAUGAUGGAUAAGAAGAUUGUAGCGGAAAUUGAUCAAAAAGUGAUAGACCAACAGAAUACCCUGGAGAAGGCUGGAGUCCCUGGGUUUUACAUCACCACUAAUCCUCAGGAGCUGACAAUGCAGAUGAAUCUACUUGAAUUGGUGCUCAAGCUUCAACAGAAGGAGUCACAAUCUGGUAUCCUAUGAGACAGAGACUAAUGGGAGAAGAAAAUACAUACAAUGGUAGCAGACGGCGUUCGCUCACAUUCCAGUAACUGUGAGAUUCAAUAUGUACUGGCCGACAUUGGCAUUGCUCACUUUAAAAAGCAACAUGUUAAAUAAGUGUUUAUCACUUGUUGUAAAGAGUGUAAUAUUUACCAUCACAAUCUGUUUGUCCCAGGAGUACAAGUAAGACGAUAUAAGUCCUGAAGGGGGUCAAACAGUUGCGACAACACAGAGUGCAAAGAACUUAUAUGCUGUGUCACACAUUGUGAAAUUAGUUUUGGUGCAUAUCCCUCAAAGACAAUAAUGUAUACGGUAAUAAUAAUAAUAAUAUAAGCAUUUCAGCACAGUAAUAAGAGAGCAGGCUCAGCCAGACGUUAACUAUAGCUGUAACUGGAAUUAAUGCAGCGCCCCUCCUGCAAUAUAUGGUCACUCCAUAAGAGCCCCCUGAUGCCUUUGGAGAAGUCGACACCAUUUGAGGUGAACAGGAAUGUUUUAUUUGAUGUGUGUACAUGGGGACCCAACUCUGAGCAGCAGUAUUGUACUGACAUCACAAUUAAAGCUGAAAUCUGUAACUUUCCAUGUUUUAUUGCCCUCUGAAAUGGUUAAAAUGCAAACAAAGUGUGAAAUGUGCCAGUUUUGAUCAGACUUUACUUCUUAUUUAUUUUAAUAGUACUGUGAUAUAUUUCCUAUACACACUUUUCUCAUAUUUCUUGCUGUUUUAUUGUGUAUAAUGUUUUUUUUAUCUGUUCAGUUUGUUAUUAGUUAUGUUAAAACUGUUGGGCAGAUUAGCUGUUAAGCUAACCCCAGUACAUUAACAAUGAAUUUUUCAAUGUUCAUUGUCCCCCAUAAAUAAACAAUUUGUGAAUAUGAAUCAGGAUGCAACCAAAGAGGUAGUAGCGGAGUAGGAAUAGACUUUAAACACAUAGUGUUUGCUUUUCUCUUGAAUGCAAAUGAUAUGAAAUAUAGCAUUGUUUUUCCAUAACAUUGAUAUCUAUUUUCAUUAAAACAAAUGUUUCAAAAGUC